AUGGAGGGCAUGAAUGUUGAGGACCUCUUGCUAGAAAAAGGCUUUGACAUCGAAUGGAAUCGCAUGCCUCUAUCGAAGCAAUACAGCUCUUUCAAUCCAUGUGUGUCCCACCAGGACUUCACCCAUUCAUUCGGCCACUACGGAAACUGCUAUACUUUUAACGCUGAUGCCGACAACCCGCUAAAACAGUCCAUGCAGGGUUCCAGCCAAGGAUUCAUGGCGUUCAUCGACCUUAAAGUGGAUGAGUACACAGAAACGUAUACCGCUGGUGGGAAUGCUGAGGUUGGGCUGAAGCUCUUGGUGCACGAUCCGAGGGAACCUCCCAUGAUGGACACCCAGGGCAUCGCCCUCGCGCCGGGAAACCACGCCUUCGUUUCCGUCAAGCGAAUUCUGUACGAGAACCAUGUCCCUCCGUGGGGGGUCUGCCAGGACCGACAGCUGGAGUAUUACGACACCUACACGCUGAACGGCUGCUAUCUGGAGUGCAGGAGUAAGCACGUGGUCCGGAACUGCAGCUGUCGGCCUUACAACUUACCAGGAACGGCACCAACAUGUGACCCGACUACCAUGUUCACAUGUGUCAACGGAAUAUUAGAUCAGGUGAUCAGAGGAGAGCUGAAGUGUGACUGCCCCGUACCCUGCAGUAUGACGUCAUACAGCACGUCUGUGUCCUACGCAGGGUGGCCAAAACAGACACACCCGUACCUACCUUGCACCAUACUGGGAGAUGGACUCAAACUACAUAACAGCAAACGGCGUCGUGUUCAGCGUCUUCUAUGAGAAACUGAACUACCAGAAAAUCACAGAACUGAAAGCAAUGGACGGAGGACAACUUGCAAGUAACAUAGGAGGAAUGAUGGGCCUGUUUAUAGGAGCUAGCCUGCUGACCCUCCUGGAGGUGUGGUAGUACCUGUGGCAGCGUCUGAAGGGGUUCCUCGGGAAACAUCGUCGCCCAACGGUCAUUGAUGUUAAAACUCAACCACACGACAUAGAAAGGGGAAUUGUGUUUCACAAGUAAAUUUCAAACCAAAUCAAGGCGUACAUAUACUUGGAGACUAAUAUAUAUGCAAACUUGCCGUAUCUAUUGAAUUGUAACUAGUAUCUUAAAGUAUAUAUACCGAUGUAUAAAUAAGUAAAGCUUAAGUUUGUAAAUAUUUUUACUUACGUUUGGCUGUUCUUUGACUAAUGGUUUAUUUGUAAAGCUUUAUGGCCCUUGCAUUUUGUUGCGUUCUCAUAAAAGAGAGGUCAAAGGUCACCAAGAUGACCCCAUUAUAGUAUAUAAAUGUUUGCUAUUUCAAUCAGUAAGUAUGUAUUAUUCGGUGCGCCAAAUGAUGUUGGGCAGCACAUAUCAAAUGUCCUCCAUAUGACAGUAAGUAAAAGAUAACGAGGCCAAUUUUAGUUCUCGUCUUUGCUUACGAGACCUAUUCCCCUGUCUCAAACUUUAAGUCAGGCAAACAAUUCAGUUCAACGUUGAAGUCCAACACACGAAAACAAUCAUUUUAUUUGAUUUAUUUUCACUACAACGUUACAUAGCAGCCUGCUGUUGGCACACAACUUUCUGUAACAUCACAGUAGAAACACUUUUCACAGCCAUUCUCUCAAGCAUUCUGUAAUGUAACGUUACAUCAAAAUUUUAGAAUGAUCUUAAAAGCAAAAACACUGGUUACUUCUACCGCUACAGCGGGUAUUUCACUGGUACGCGCCUGUUUGCGAUGGAUAUUCGCUAACAGGCUCAAAUUGGUCGCAAGUGGCAGCGAACCGUGGAGCGAACUAGUCACCCACAGGCGUGACAACUGCAAAUUCCUUUUAUGAUGAAUCUUAAGUCCUGUACAUAGUUUUGAAAUAAAAGGUAACACUGCAAUUUCCAGUUAAGUUAUUUUGUGUUUAAUUGCCGCUGAAACUGAGCUGAGGAUGUGGCAUUCCGAGCUCGGCAAUUUUGUUUACAGAGC